AGAUGGCGCCGCCCGUCCUGUGGCGGCCUCCGCAGUCUCCCGUGUGGGGGCGGCCAUAGCAGUGCGCGUGAGAUUAUGGUAGCGGAUCCUGGUUGCCCCUGUUUCGGCGGUAGCGGCGGUUGGAGGCGGCGAGCGAUGAUCCUCGGCCUCCUUCCACCGGUCUCCCGGUGACGCUGGGCAGGAGAAGAAUGGAGGCGGGAGCCGGGUGGACUGGCGGCGGGAUUAAGAGCACCAGCGGCGGCGGCAGCAACAGCAACGACGGCAGCGGCGGCGGCUCCUCUCUCAGCGAGACUCCUCAGGCCCCGUCUUCGGAGCGGGAGCGCCGAGUGCGCACCUUGAGCGCCGACUUGAGGAGCCGCUUCGGGCCUUACGAGCCGGCGUUGAACGCCCUGCAGGCCACCCUCGUCUGGGAGCGGCCGGCCAGGAGCGCUCUUGCCUGGGCGGGCGCCCACGCGGCCUUCGGGUUCUUUGCCUUGACAUCUUUACAUCUAAUAUUCUUGGUUGCUUUCACCCUGAUACUAAUAGUGUGUUUAGAUCAAUGGAAGAAUAAAAUCUGGCCAGAAAUAAAAAUAACACGGCCUGAUGAAUUAGAAAAUGAAAGCUGGGGCUGUGUCCACCCUCGACUGCUGAGUGUGCCUGAACUGUGUCACUAUUUGGCAGAAGGAUGGGUCACAGGAGACAGCUUCAUGAGGAACCUAUUAGGCUUCAAAAGGCAAAAUCCUGGCAAGUUCUGCCUUCUAGCUUGUGGUGUCCUCACAUUUCUGACUGUGUUGGGCCAGUACAUUCCAGGUGUCUGUCUUGCUUAUCUAACAAUGCUUGCCCUCCUCCUGUGGCCGCUUGCUGUGUACCACCACCUGGGUCAGCGCCUGUACAUCAAACUGGAGCCAGCUCUGCAGCGGUUGGACUUCAGUGUUCAUGGCUACAUGAUGUCUAAGCAUAAGGAGAGGCAGUUGCGACACCAAAUGCUGAGCCAGCAUCGUGCUACCACUGAUGGGAGUGAUAGUGAAGAAGAACUUGCUGCUUUCUGUCCCAAGUUGGAUGAUGCAGUAGCUAAAGAGCUGACUAUAUCUGAUUCAGAGCACUCUGAUGCAGAAGUCUCCUAUACUGAGAAUGGAACAUUCAAUCUAUCACGAGGCCAGACCCCCUUGACAGAAGGAUCUGAAGACUUUGACGGUCACAGUGACCCUGAGGAAUCCUUCGCCCGAGAUCUUCCAGAUUUCCCUUCCAUUAACCCUGAAGUUACUGGCAUAGAUGAUGAAGAUGAUACCAGCAUUGGCAUUCCGAGCCUCACCUCCCGUAUGCAGGGCCAGGAAGAAACUCGGCUUUCUCAUGGCCAGGAGGAAGUAACCGCUCAGCUCCCCUUGGGGUUUUUUAAAGAUAGUUUCCAACCUCCUACAACUUGUGAAUCUGCAAACUGAACCAUUUUGAACAUCUGCAUAUCCAGUUUGGGAGCCUUCCUCUAGGUUCCUGUACUUCCAACUUAACAUGCACCAUCAAGGCUCAGUAAUUUAGAAGUUAACAGAACUUUAUGAUACACUGCCUAUUGUUUUCUUCACAAAGCAGCAAUGUGAUGUAGAUGCCAUAUGCUGAAUAGCACAUUUUUGCAGAAAAGACUUAAGGGUGGUAUAUUGUAAAUUUGAAAUUGCUUGGGUUUGGUACCAUUUGUGUGGCAAUAUCAUGGUGUCUUAACUGCCUUUUUUAAGUGUUUACAAAUCAGCUGAUAUUGUGGAGGUUUAAAGAGUUAUUUGUUGUCUUGCAGUUUUUUUUAAAUAAGAUGUUGAUAACUUUUGAGGUGGGAAACUGACAUUAUUUCAUUAGAUUUUGUGCUAUGCCAGUUAGAAUAAGAAUUUAGUGCAAUAAGACAACCAUCUACACCCUCUUCAUUGUAUUAAUAGUGAGACAUUAUUCUUAUUUUGUCAGGUGUUUCUUUCUUCCCUCAUUUGUGCAAAAUAAAAGAUUUGAAACAAG